AACCGCAAAAGACAUGCGAUGAUUUAACCGUUAUGCAAUCACUGGGAAAGAUUCUCCGCAACCAACGCGAUGUAUAUGUUUACAAACUGAAUUUUAUUGCCUACUUUAAGUCUUUAACUGGGCUACUAAACACCGCACACUGUAACGUAUAAUUACUGCACUGUGCUUGUUAAAGCAAGCAAUUUGAUUGUCCGGAUAAAAAAAGACCUGCGGAAGAUGGAGACACAAACACUUAAUUCCUCCAAAGCGAUAAUCAGCUGCCUUGUGCUGCAGUUUAUAUUGGGCUUCUUCAUUCCUGUUACUGGUGCUUCAUUUGGCAUUCUGACUCGGAUCUACACUCGGUAUGCCCUGUUUGGACGCACGAUGCUGUUACUGUUGGUCAGUUGCCUGUAUAGCAUAACCGCAGCGUCUCUCGGUUUUCACAUGCUUCUCCGCCGGAUUCGGAGCAGCAGCUACAUGGAAAUCUUGGCGCUACUGAAUAUCAUCAGCUCCUGUUUGACGGCCAUGGCACUGGGCUGCCAGAUCCUGGGUUUGGGCACACUGUUGGUACGAAGCCCGCUAUCUUGGGAAGCCUGGCUUUUCGGUCUGCUUAUGCUUCUGCCACCCAUAGUGUUGAUGUCUAUAACUAUCUACGUGGCUGUUCAAGCUAGAAAUAUUAGUGGGAUGGCCGCUAAACGAGAAGAGGUCAAGAUUCUAUGCUAGAAAGUGUCUUACUGUGCCGGUAAAAGUGACUGUAAUAAUAGUGUGCUUGGUUUGUGAAAAAAUGGGAUGAGUGCGUUACAUCGACCAACAACGGCCCUAUGGCUUGCAAGG